UAAAACCCUAAUCAAUAGUCCGUCUUCUUCACUUCACUCUCUUUCAGUUACUCCGUCUUAAACCAGGUCAUCUUCCAAUGGCGGGAAAGACAGACGGAGUAGUAAAACUAGUAAUCCUAGGCGGCAAGGGUUCCUCUCUCACUUCCUCUUCUCUCUAUUCAAUCGCCACCGGUAAAUCACAAUUACGUAAUGACUCAUCGGCGAUCGAUAGAUUAGUCGCCGCCGAUCAUAAAAACGCUCAAGAAACCUCUGUCACCUCAUUCAAGCAGCAUUUUCUCAUCGACAGCUUUACACCUCUCGAAACACGCGCCUCUCUUAUUUAUCUCCUUAACAAGCUCCUUUACUCGUCAUCCAAUGUCCGUUCAUCUAUCCCUAUUUUCAUUUCUCAAACCCUAAAUUCAAAACCAGACGGUUUUGAUUUUGAUGAUUCAACUGAAAUUGCUGACAAGGAGCGUGGUUUGAUUGAUAAAUCAUCUGCUUAUGUGUAUGGAAUUUGUGCAAUUUUGGACCAUGAAGCUAGCUGUUUAGCCACCGUUAUUGAUGCUGUGGCAGCUUUGUCUUGCGAAGCGUGUAAAGCUGAUGUGGCGGCGUUUGGGAGUAUGGAUAGUGGAGAUGGGUAUGUUGAUAAGGAUGCUGUUGGUGUUGCUGGGGAUUUGAAGGUUUUGCUUAAUGGGUCUGUAUUAGUGGGUAAAUUACGAAAUGAAGUGUUUUCUAAGAUUCCGAAGAUCAAUGGGAGAUUGAGAGAGACGGUGAAAUCAGUUCAUUCCAUGACGCGAGUGGCCUUGAAUUCCAGGGAUGAAGUUUAUGAGGGCGACGCUAUACCUGCAGUAUUGGCAUUGGCUGUGGCACUGCAAAAAUUGGGGAAGAGUAGCUUAUGUCGGGCGAAAAUGAAUUUAGAUGUAAUAGGAGAUGAGAGUUUGAAGAAUGGUCUGAUUAGUUUAUUUGAGAGUAAAUGUGUGAUUGAAGAUGUGCUGAUGAAUGCCUAUAAGUUGGUUUUGAAUUCAAGUUUUGAGGAGGAUAAUGCAAAAUUUGCGCAUGAAGUGCAUGGUCUGUUGGGGAUUGUGUGGAAAAUUGUUGCUUGGGAGGGGAUAACGGCGUUUGUUGCCCUGGAAGGCAAGGAAUCGAUUAGCGGAAAAGGUGUUGAAGCAGUUGAAGUGGAGGGAAAGGGUGAUAAGGUGGGAAAAAAGGGUGAAAAAAAGAAGAAGAAAAAGAAUGUUCUUGGGAAAGGAACUAGUGUGAUUGUACAGUUAAUUAAGGAUAGGUUGCAGGGGAAAGGAGGAGAUUCUAGUGACAGUUUGCAGGUAUUGGAAAUAUGGGUUGCAGAUCUUCUUAUGUAUUUUGAUCCAAAAGGACCCGAGUUUGAUGACAUGGUCCAAAAAGUGAAAGAGAUUGUGGAAAGUAAUGAAAGUAGAAGACUCCCUAAACUUCCCAAGGGGACUCGUGAUUUUGCCAAAGAACAAAUGGCGAUAAGAGAAAGAGCAUUUUCAAUAAUAGCAGAGGUGUUCAAAAGGCAUGGUGCCACAGCCCUAGACACUCCUGCAUUUGAACUGAGAGAGACUCUUAUGGGGAAAUAUGGGGAGGACUCAAAGUUAGUUUAUGAUCUUGCUGAUCAGGGUGGAGAGCUUUGUUCUCUGCGGUACGACUUAACUGUUCCAUUUGCUAGAUAUGUGGCUAUGAAUGGCAUCACUUCCUUUAAAAGGUAUCAAAUAGCUAAGGUGUAUAGAAGAGAUAACCCUUCUAAAGGAAGAUACCGUGAAUUUUACCAAUGCGACUUUGAUAUUGCUGGUCAAUACGAGGAGAUGGGACCAGACUUUGAGAUUGUUAAGAUAUUGACAGAAUUGCUUGAUGAACUAAAUAUUGGAGAAUAUAAAGUUAAGCUAAAUCAUCGGAAGUUGUUGGAUGGCAUGUUAGAAAUUUGUGGAGUGCCCCCUGAAAAAUUUCGUACUAUUUGUUCAAGUAUUGACAAACUAGACAAGCAAUCAUUUUCGCAAGUUCAAAAAGAAAUGGUUGAGGAGAAGGGAUUGAGUGUGGAGGCAGCUGAAAGGAUUGACACUUUUGUGAAGGAAAGUGGACAACCUAAGGAAUUAUUAUCAAAACUUAAACAGGAGGGCAGUGAGUUCUUGGGAAAUACUUCUACUAAACGUGCUAUGGAUGAAUUAGAGAUUCUAUUUGAGGCUCUGGAAAAGUCAAAGUGCAUUGACAAAGUGGUUUUUGAUCUGAGUCUAGCUAGGGGACUAGAUUAUUAUACAGGAGUUAUAUUCGAAGCUGUAUUCAAAGGGAAAACACAGGUUGGUUCGAUUGCUGCUGGUGGACGAUAUGACAACCUUAUAGGAAUGUUUGGUACAAAGCAGGUUCCAGCUGUUGGAGUCAGUCUUGGAAUUGAACGAGUAUUUACUAUAAUGGAGGACCAGAACCAGAGUACACGACCUACUGAAACCCAAGUACUACUGAGUAUACUAGGGGACAAAAGUAAACUACCUUUAGCUGCAGAGCUUGCCGGUGAGCUGUGGAAUUCCAAGUUGAAAGCAGAAUACACUGUGAGUACAAGGUUCAGUAAGCACAUGGACCGUGCCAAAGAGUCGAAAAUUCCAUUGAUGGUACUUGUGGGUGAGAAAGAACUAGAGAGAGGGAUUGUAAAAAUAAAGAACCUUGAGACCACAGUUGAAAAAGAGGUCUCCAGAAGUAAUUUUGUUGAGGAAGUCAAGCUUGAGCUUGCAAAAAUCUCGUCUGCUUCACUCCAAAUGUGAAUCUGUUCUUUGCCUUUCCUGUGCCAUAAACAAUACUACUUUUGCAGAGGCAUUAACAAUAUUAGUCAGGUAUAUUCGAUAAUUUCUUCAAAAACGAACUAAAUUAUUAGGUUGCUUAUUUAUUUCUUCUUUUGUAUUUCAUGCAAUAUACCAUUCCUUUUUAUUUUUUCUUUUAUGACUAAUUUUUCACAAGUUUCCCCUUUUGAAGGGAAAGGGUUGUACUUGAUAAUGUAUUGGCAAAUACAAUUGGCUAAAAUGAGUACUGAAAUUGAUUCAUGUUUGAUAGGGACUUAUUUUGGUCAUUGCUAUUACUAUUUCAUUUGAUCGA